AUGUCACAGCACAAGAAGCGUGCCGCAGAGAACCUCUCUCCGUCGCCCCUCUUGUCUCAUCCCGGGGAAAGCAAAAAAGUCAAGUGUGGCAACGACACCGAUGACGACGACAGCAACUACGAAGCCGAUGGCACUCGACGCUACGAGCACCGCUAUCCGCACCUGAUCACGCGCCACUGGUGUUCACCGCAGUGUCUUCUGGGCCUCAGUUGCGAUCUGCCCAUGGAUCCCGACUGCCCGAAUUAUGCCCUCCACUGCACUCUUGCCGACUGCCACGACCACUCCGAGCACAAUCAUCCGCACACUUUCGACGAGGUGAAGGCAGGCAUGCAGGCGAAGCUGCGACACGGUGACAUAUGGCAGAUCAUGGAGCCCAUCAUCGGAUGCAGAGGCAACCUCGGACAGCUUUUUCGCAUCCUCUUUCCUGACUUGGGAUAUGCGUUUCUCGCCGUAGGCCUCGACAGCGAAUCUGCAAUUCGCCUCAAGCGGGAGAACGACAUCUACAAACACAUCUGGAUGACGGCUGCCAACACACACGAGAACGGAUUCCCCCUCAUCGGUUCACUCGUGGUCGAUGACCAAGGCGAACGAAAGCGGCUCAACGUGCAGGUUCCUAUCUCGUUCGGCGUCCUCGAGCCGCUCGAGGAGAACCUCGAUGUCAAGUAUCCUCUCAUCUCCGUCGAGGGUCAGAUCGACGAUCGGGUUUGCAACACGUGGCUGCUCCUUUCGCACCAUCAUAGCGAUCCUACCAACCCGAUCGCUACACGAACGCUUCAGACUAAGCUGUGGGACGCAGGAGCAUCUUUCGUGGUCUCAGGCAAUCCGAAAUAUUAG